UUUCACGUGUAGAAAAAUAUCUCAAACCCUUCAUAUGUCUAUUCUAAAUUGGUAAAUGAAGUAGGAGAGAACAAGAUAGAUAGGGUUAAGAAGAUGGCAAUGAUUUUGAAGGCAUGGAAUUGGUAUCAGAACUCUCUGUCAGUUCAUCCAGUGAAGACCCAAGUGACUACCUCUGGUGUUCUUUGGGCUGUUGGAGAUAUAACUGCUCAGUACAUCACUCACACUACUGCUGCUAAAAAACAAUUAUCUCUAACUGUAAGGGAAGCGGAUACUAAAUUUGUGAUCGAUUGGAGACGUGUGGCUGUUACAAGUAUGUUUGGAAUUGGUUUUGUUGGACCUGUUGGACACUUCUGGUAUGAAGGCUUGGACAAAUUCAUAAACCAUAACCUUAAGCUAAUCCCAAAGACUGCGCAAUCCGUAGCAACUAAAGUUGCAAUGGACGGCCUGAUUUUCGGUCCGAUACAUUUGUUUGUCUUCUUCACAUACAUGGGAUUGUCUGCUGGAAAGACCAUUCCUGAGGUGAAGGAAGAUUUGAAGAGGAAUUAUAUCCCAGCAUUGGUGUUAGAAGGUGGUGUGUGGCCAAUUGUGCAGAUUUUCAAUUUUCGAUAUGUUCCUGUCAAGUACCAGCUUCUGUAUGUAAACUUGUUCUGCUUAUUGGAUAGUGCUUUCUUGUCAUGGUUGGAACAACAGAAGGAUGCACCUUGGAAACAACGGUUUCAACCAUUUCAAUCAUCUAAUGGAAAAGGAGCUCAAUGAUGAUGAUAAAGAGACUCGAAAUAAUGGUUUACAACAGUUCAUAGUUGUAACAUCUGAUUCCAGAAAAGACUAAGAAAAAUUGAAGUUGGAAAUUAUGAUUGAAGUACACAAACACAAAGUUGUUAACAUGUUAAGAAAGUUAAUAGAUAAUUGUCUCAGUUGGGGAUUGGGUGUAUAGUAACUCAACAGGUCUGAUUGCACUUUUUAAAAACUGGAUUAGAAUUCAAGUGUGAGUGAUUAAGUUUUUCAGACUAAAAAUGGUUGAAAUAUUGGAUAGAUUUUGAAUGGA